CCGCCCUCAUUCGACACAGACGCAAGUUGCACUUCAAUAUAGCGAGUCCUGGAAGAUUCUAGUCUUCCAGCAGCGCUAUUUUACGAAACUCGCUAAACAAUCUAAAACUAUCUCUCUCUUUCACUUCUGUGCCAACAUCCUUCCAAAAAUGAAUCCCAUGAUUGUAUUCGCUUGCUUGGCGUUGGCGUGCGGAGCUCAGGCUAGCCAGGGCUGGGCUGGUCCCCCGGCCAACAUCGCGCUGUCCCAGGAUGGCCGCAACAUCCUCGACACCCCCGAGGUAGCGCAGGCCCGCGCCGCCCACCUCUCGGCCCUGCAACAGGCCGCCCAGAACAACCCCAACCCCCAGGACGAUGGCUCAUACGAUCCCCGUUGGGACAGCGAAGAGUACUGGCAGCGCGCUGAGCAGCCCAAGUGGAACGCCGCCCCUGCCCAGCAGUGGAACGCCCCAGCCCAUAACCAGUGGAACGCUGCCCCGGCUCACAACCAGUGGAACGCCGCUCCCGCCUGGAACGCCGCCGGCCCCGCUCCCGCUCCCGUCGCCGAGACCCCUGAAGUAGCGCAGGCCCGCGCCGCUCACCUCGCCGCCCUGUCCGCCGCCAAGUCCGCCGCCCCCGCCCAGCAGUGGAACGCUGCUCCCGCGCACAACCAGUGGAACGCCGCCCCCGCCAACCAGUGGAACUCCGCCCCCGCCCACAACCAGUGGAACGCCGCCCCCGCCCACAACCAGUGGAACGGUGCUCCCUCCUGGCAAGGUGCCCCCCAACACCAGGCCGCUCAAGUCAGACUGGCCAACGACGGCUCCGGUAUCCUGGACACCCCUGAGGUAGCCGCCGCGCGCGCCGCCCACUUAGCCGCCCACCAGCAGGCCGCUCACGCCGCGCCCCCGCAGCACGCUCCCCAGCAGCACUGGUGA